AAUUAAAAUAAUGUAAUAAGUUCCGACCAUUAUUUUGGAUUUUUGUUUUAUUUUAUUCCCUCGACUGUUACUGUGACACCGUUUCAGCUUUCUCUCUCUAAAAACUCCAUCACUUUCUCUCUCUAGGGUUUCAUCGUUCAUAUAUUAUCUCUGCUAUUUCCCCAAGUCGAAAAUGGAAGCGACGCGAACAACGUUAAGCUUAACGGCAACUGUUCUUCCUUCAUCCUCCCGUCUGUCUAAGCCGUCAAUAUUCGCCGGAAGAUCUACCGUAUCGCUUUUCCGUUCCAAUUUACCGUUCUCCUGCAAGCUGAAUACUUCUGUACCUGUCUCUAAGCAAGGCCACGGGAGGAAGCUCUCUGUUGGAAGUAGAAGGGGUUUUGUAGUUAGAGCCACAUCAUCCUCUGCGGAGUCAUCUGGAUCAAGCUCUAAUAUUGCCCCACUGAAGCUGGAGUCUCCGAUCGGACAGUUUCUCUCUCAGAUUUUGGUUUGUCACCCACAUCUGAUGUCUGCUGCAGUAGAGCGGCAGCUAGAGAUAUUCCAAACUGAUCGUGAUGGUGAUAAACAAAAGGAAAAGCCUUCUGCUUCAAGAACUGACUUAGUUUUGUACAGACGAAUUGCUGAGGUUAAAGAAAAAGAGAGAAGAAAAGCUAUAGAAGAAAUAUUGUACACAUUGGUCGUACAGAAAUUUAUGGAUGCUGAUGUUUCUUUAGUACCCUCCUUAGAGCCACAUCCUUCCGGUCAAGUUGAUUCAUGGUCUAGCGAAGAUGGAAAGCUUGAGCAGCUUCACUCGCCUGAAGCCUAUGAAAUGAUCCAAAGCCACUUGGCUCUCCUUCUUGGUAAUCGAUUAGGCGAUUCGACAUCCGUAGCUCAGAUCAGCAAACUCAGGGUAGGACAGGUCUACGCAGCAUCAGUAAUGUACGGAUACUUUCUUAAGCGUGUUGUCCAAAGGUUCCAGCUGGAGAAGACAAUAAAAAUUCUACCUGAUGAAGCAGAAGAGAAUAAUAUUAGCAGAUCUACGGAAGACAAUACAAGAAUAGCAGGUUUUGAGGUCCCUUCUCAAUUUACACCCCACCCCGAAGUCCCUGCAUGGUCUGACAGUGGAAUCGGUUCGGGUGCAUUUAAUCAAGAGAUAACAGUGUCUAGAUUGCGCUCCUAUAUGAUGUCAUUGGAUAUUGAGACAUUACAAAGAUAUGCAACAAUUAGAUCCAAAGAGUCUGUCAGCAUUAUCGAGAACCAUACAGAAGCAUUGUUUGGAAGACCAGAAAUUGCUAUAACACCAGAGGGAAAAAUCAAUUCUUCAAAAGAUGAAAUCAUCAAAAUUAGCAUUGGUGGUUUGAAAAGACUUGUUUUAGAAGCUGUUACCUUUGGUACUUUUCUUUGGGAUGUUGAAAGCUAUGUUGACUCAAGGUACCAUUUUGUACUAAACUGAGUUCUCCAAAGGGAAAAAGUUCUUAUUGCUUGGUACUGAGUACUGACCAAUUUUUAUUGGCACAAUUGAAGUUCAAACGCUUUUCACAUAUUGGUGUUUGUAUAUAGUGGAUUUGGCUUUCACUGAGAAUGAAAAGUUUCUACAAGUCAGAUAUUAGCUGUUUAUUUGUUUAGUUUUGUUAUCACAUCAAAUCCUUACGAAUAAAUUACUUUAUAACUGUCACAUUGUAUCGCUGAUAAAUAAUAUUUCAUUGCAUUCACUCUUA